GUCUGGUCGCUUCCGGCUUCAAACAGUCAGACAAACAUCGCCGUACUACGAGCACACACAGCAAGCAUGACAACAGAAACCUCCCGAGAAACAAUUUAUCCCGAGAGAAAACUUUGACAAGGUUUCACAUCUUUGCUCGCUGCGAAACGCCCUGAAGUUUUCCUGAGACAACAAGAAAAGAAAACGCUCGUGGAAGAAAGAAAAAGACGUUGGAAAUUUUCUCCUUCUUGUGUGGAGGAGGUGAAGGAUUUUUUUUUUUUUUUUGGUGGAAAAAAAAGUGAAGAAGCAAGAAGGACCCUGCGGCAGCGUCGAAAAAGUGAAAGACACCAAAAAGAAAAGCAGAAAUUUAGCCGAGUCCGUGCACGAGGAGCUGUUACUCUGCAUGUUUUUGUGUCUCGGUUGUGUCACACGGACAGAAGAAGAAACCUCCUCCUCCUCCUUCAUUUCUGCUGCUGUCUGAAUGUAAUAUCACUCAGAGCAAUAAAAGUGUCUCAGAGGAGCCUGGAGAGGACGGAACAGCUCCCAGGCUUUCCUGCUGUCUUCGAGCCGAUCCUGCAGUUUGAAUGCAGAGGAAAGACUGAAUCCUGUUCUCCAGACCUCCCUGCUGCCUCAGGGGAGAUUGUCCGAUGUGUACCCAGCACUCAAAGCCCCUGGCCCGGCCGCGGGGAUGGCAGCCUCUGCCCUGAACCUGAACGGCCUUGGAGUCAUGAACAGGUCUGCUUUUUUCUCAGAUUUUGUCUCUUUCUAUUUUAGGUCUUCUUACCUCUGGCGUUUUUGGAGAGGAAAUGCAUACUUAAAACAUGUUUGGUCUGUAUGGGUUGGUGCAGGUGUGAAGCUGUUGGACAGGACUGCAGCAGUAAUCAGUUUCACACCCAGCCAGGCUCCUCUAGCACCAACUCAGCAGCUAGAACCAGUCCCGUUGGCCGACCUGUGCUGCCAGUUCCAGAUCGGAGCACCUACUGUCCACUGCUUAGUGGAGGUCUCUACAGCCCUACCAGCCCCAAGACGAGUCCUCGAUCCCUGAGUCGAACUUUCGUCUUCCCCUCCUCAUCCUCGCUCUCUCCCAGCUCCUCCCAUCGGGCUCGCUCCCCCUCCCCGCGGAGCCCAGAGCUUCUUGGAGUCAAUGUGGGCCAGCGGGUCCGACGCUUGAGCUCGCCCGGCCCUGACGAGAGAAGGGACGGAGAAGGGCAGGAGGAGAAGGGAGGAGAGACGGGAGGAGGAGAGAGGCGAGAGGAGAAGAGACGCCAGGCACAGCUGCUGCAGAUACACAGGGAGCUGCAGAACGUUGAGGUCAGGGGAAAGGUGGGCAUUUUUGAGGCCCACAUUUCAGGAAUCCGUGCUCAGGUGCUCAACAGUGAACUCCAGCGCAGCCCUCGGUCUCCAAGGAGAUCAACAAACCAGCCACCAGCCCAUCCCAGCCAAGGAAACGCAGCCCCUGACUCCUCAAUGACCCACCCACAAGAGCGUAAAGUUCCUCCUGUUGUCCAAAAUGGGAGAGAAAGGGAGGAGGAAACCAUUGAGGGAGAAAAGAGGGAGACAGGGAGCAAUCAAGGUGAAAAGAAGGACAGCAGUGCAACAGAAAGAAACACAGAGAAUAAGACACUUAUUGGUGUAAAUGGCCGUUGUUCUGAUGUAACAAUGCAAACUCCUUGUUUAGACGGACUGUCUGACAUUCAGAGCUCUGUAAAGACAGUUAACCUGGACAGAGAGAAAGAUGAUGGAGAAAGACAGGGAGAAAUACACAAAGGAGAGGUAGAAAACACACACAUACAGGAAGAACGGACAGAGAGAGAAUUAAAGAAUGAAAAAACCAACCAGCUGUGUCAUGACAUUAGCCCAGAAGCCCCUGCUUUCCCGCCUACUCAAAGCAAUGACAGCUGCCUGUGUGUGAUGGACGUGACUGAUCACACCUCCAACCACACUCCUUCUGUUCCUCCCUCCAUCCCGCCCUCCAUCCCUGCUGUCAUUAUAACUGACCACGGUUUGGAAAGCCCACCUCAAACUUCUGAAGGCUCCAACUCGGACCAGGGACUAAGCUGCACCCCCAGCCCGGGUUCUAGCCCCGUACCCGGGUCCAACUUCUCCACUCGCUCCCUUAGGAAGUUGUCAUCCUCCUCGGCCUCCUCAGCGGGGUUCUCCUCGUCCUGGGAAGAGUCGGAGGAGGAUAUUUCCAGUGAUACGGAGAAAGGGGAGCAGCUUCUCAACCCUGCUGUCCUGACCUCCAAACAGAAAGCGCACAAGUCCUGGAAGAAGAUCAAGAACAUGGUCCACUGGUCUCCGUUUGUCAUGUCAUUCAAGAAGAAAUAUCCCUGGAUACAACUGGCCGGACAUGCAGGAAGUUUCAAGGCAGGAGCCAAUGGCCGGAUUUUAAAAAAACACUGUGACUGUGAACAGCGCUGUUUGUCCCUACUGAUGAGGGACGUUCUGCGCCCGUACGUCCCUGGUUACCAUGGAGAUGUGGAGAAGGAUGGCCAGAAAUACAACCAGAUGGAGGAUCUGCUGGCCGAGUUUGACUUUCCAUGUGUGAUGGACUGCAAGAUGGGAGUGAGAACCUACCUUGAGGAAGAGCUGACUAAGGCACGUAAGAAGCCUUCCCCAAGACCUGACAUGUAUCAGAAAAUGAUUGAGGUCGACCCCGAUGCACCAACGCCUGAGGAGAACGAGCAGAAAGUCGUGACUAAACCGAGAUACAUGCAGUGGAGGGAGACCAUCAGCUCAACAGCCACACUGGGGUUCAGGAUAGAGGGAGUCAAGAAGGAGGACGGAACGGUGAACAGAGAUUUUAAGAAAACAAAAACAAGAGAGCAAGUUACCGCGGCUUUCCACGACUUUGUCAAAGGAAACAAAGACAUACUGAAAUUAUAUUUAAUCAGGCUGAAGGAAAUCAAAGACACUCUGGAGAUUUCACCGUUCUUCAAAACCCACGAGGUGAUUGGCAGCUCCUUGUUAUUUGUCCAUGACAGUAAGGGGCGGGCUAAAGUCUGGAUGAUCGACUUUGGGAAAACCACACCUCUUCCUGAGGGGCAGGAACUGAUGCACCGAGCAUCAUGGGUAGAGGGAAACAGAGAAGAUGGAUAUCUCAUUGGACUUGAUAGCAUGUUGGACAUCAUUUCCUCCAUGGUGAACUCUGAGACCUGAAUCUGAGGGUCUUUUUAUUUGAAACCAAGUGAACACUUUCAGACACAGGAACCACUUCCAUUCAUUCUUCCUUUUUUCUCCUGGGAACACUUUGGACUUCCUCAUGGAUUCCUCAAUCUUUCCUCAUGUUGGCGACUACAUCAUGACAUCACAAUACACGGCAAAGUCCAUUCAUUGAUGACACUUUCCUGUUCAUUUCCAAUGCCUUCCAGGUAGUUUUCAACUAGUCAAAACAGGAAAAACUACUAAUAUGACCAAAAUAACUUCAAGUGUGAGUAGUACCAGAGUAAGCCAUCCAUGUUAACCAGCAUGUACAAUACUACACCAAUUUUUCUGCCACGACAUGAAUAUGCCCUAUAUUUUUAUAUUUCAUUUACCUGCAAAGCAGGCAAUGUUCUUUAAAAAGUCCAAAUAACAGCUCAAAAGGGAAGAUCUUAUUUUACUUAUAAAAACUGGUGAUAUUUGAUCAUUUUUAUCUUAAACAAAUCCACAAACAAGAACAAAAACUUUAAACCAGCACUUCAGUGAGCAGUGAACCUGCAAGUAGCUGGUAUGUCAAGACUCUUUAUAGAGAGAGCAGGGCUAGGUCGCACUUUUUAUUUUAUUAAUUUUAGAGACCAAACAUUCACGAUCUAGCAUGAGUGCAGCACUUAGCAAGUAAGGCCUCCUUCACAACCAAACAUUUGAAAGAAAUACCACUGACUCCAAAACUUUCUUUUUCCUUAUUUUUUUAGAGCAGUUUUGAUUUUUUUGUGAUUUUUUUUUAUAUUCUUUCAAGCUGUUCAGAGGGUCUGAGUCAGUACAAGUAACCAGAAUAUAUGAAAGGCUCUGUUAGGAGUCAGUUGACCUAGUGUUUUCUAUUUUCAAGAAGUGAAAGAACUACAAAAACACUUCAUCAUCAUCAUUAUCAUCAUGAAGAAAAAAUAUAUAUAUAUAUAUACAUAUAUAUAUAUAUAUAUGAGCCAGCUCACUGGGCUUCUCUGAGAAGUCAGAAAUUAAUCAAGCAUACCAUUUAACCACUAAAACUAAAAGAACGUAAAAAUGCUCUGUGCUGGGUGCUGUUUUAGCUCAGCUGGUAGAGCAGGUGCUCAUUUACAGAAGCUAUAGUCUAUGAUGCAUUGGUUGCGGGGAUCCUCCUGGUCUUGCCACUGUUUGGGGUGUGUCUUCUCCUUUUCUCCUAUUUUGGGGCAAAAAUAACCUUUAAAAAAAUCCCCAAGCUCAUAAUGUCUAUUAUUUUAUAUAUCUCAGAGAUCAGCAUAAUCCAAGAUCAGCUGAUAAGUAGACAAUCUGCAUUUAGUUUUUCCUCCUUGAGAAAGACACACAGAUGUUUGUAGCUCCAUAUAACAUAAAUACUUUCCAGGCUAAUACAAGACCAUCCCUCUCUCCAUUUUAAAUGCUUUUAUAAAGUUCCAGUAUCAUUCAGAUUUACCUUAUUUUUAAUUGUUUUAUUUAUUUGUCAACAACAGUCCUCACAGUCAAAUGUGGCUCACAUGCAGGUAAAAUUAAUUUCACGAGUAAGCACUUAGCUUUUGAGAUUUUAAAACAUUCUGGUGAUGAAGAGGGAGUGAGACUAAAGGAAAUGGGGAUGGGACAAGUAGCUUUAUUUAGGGAAUACUGUGUAGGAUAGAGGAUGAGAGCUGAAGGGAAGCAACUUCAUUGGAGUAAAGUACAAGUUGAAACUGCUCAAGAUUUUUGUUUGAACUGAUUAUGUCAAAGUUUUAAGUAGAGAAAAUGCUUUUUUUCACAAGGUGGAUAAUGGAUUAAAAUUCAAAUAUGGAAGCAAGAAAAUGACCAUGAAGUUACUGGAUAAUGCAGGAUCUGCUUUAAUUAAUCACAACUUACUGCAUAGUUAAUAAAGAAGACUUAACUUAAUUGGGAUCCAUAUUCUAAAUCAAUUAGUUUUAAGUUAUCUGACUACAAACUAUGGCUACAGAAAUAGCACCCAUAGGACCAUUUUAUUCAUGGUCUAAGUUUGUAAUUUGGAUUUGUUUAUGAUAAAGAAAAUCAAAUAUCACCAGGAUUAUCAUUUAAGGAAACUAUAUGCACACUUAGCAAACAUAUAAUCUGUUUUGGAGUUUAUUUCUUCAGACAAACAAAUAUGCUAAACAUCUUUAAAUUAUUUUAAAUAAUUCAAGUAUUGGCUUCAAGGAUGCAGUUUGAAAUCCUUGACAUUUAUAUCUUAUUCUCUGACCCUUUUUGCAGUUAUUCUCCUCAAACUGGCUCAGACUUACUCUUACCCAGGCCAAACACCUGUUUAAGUUCUCUCUUUUUGUUGGGAUUGUUCACAAUGUACAGUAGGAUUUAUUAAUUUUCAUGUAGUUUUUGAAGAUGAUUUUAUCGUACUCAAACCCCAUAGAACACUUAGCCAUGAACAACUGUGUUUAAGCUAAACAGUGCCUUCUUCACAACACAAAGCCAAGUCUGAAAACUGAAAAGCAUUCUGAAUUUUAACUGUUACAAUGAAAAGUCUUAACAUUUUGUUUCUUUUCUUAGGCUGGCUACACCCUAGACAAUUUUAAAAACAUGGGAGACACAGACUUGAAGACAGUUUCAACUGAUCUUUGGCAUUCUUAUUAAUUUUGGUUUGGGGUACAGUUACGUUUAUGUUUGCUGCCGUGUUUUUGAGAUGUAAAAGUAUGGAACAUCUGAUUGCUAAUGCCUCCCACUGUGGCUGUUUAAUUGGAAGCAACCUGAUCUGGAAUCACAAUUUGGAUUGGGAGCAGCAUUUGUUGUGUGUUUAGGACAAUUUUGGCUUAAGAUUGUUGAGUGUGUAGCCAGCGUCUUACAUAGAUGCAUGUUUACUAUCCUCUUAGAGUUUUAUCUUACUUUGUAUUUUAUUAUUUUAUUAUUUAUAACAUUAUAGUAUGUUUUAAUAGUUAACGGGAUACUGUGACAUUUGAUUUUUUUGGGCUGUUGUAUCAUUUUGUUUUCAAGCAUGUGUUACAAUAUAAGUCAAACUGUUGGGAAAGUUGCUGAGUAUGUCAUUUAAACCAGUGUAUAUGGAUGUAAAAACGAUGUUUUGGUUAUGAUACCAAUUUCUUUGUAAUGGGGACUGCAUGCCUUGUCAGUUAAAAAAGCUAUCAGAGCAGAUAAAGGAGAAACAAACAGACUCAUACUGUAACAGAUUCUUGAGGAGCAAUAUAAAGUAAAGAGUGUGUAGGCUAUCCUGUAUUUAAAUUGUCAUGUUUUCACUUGAUGUUUGCAGUGACAGUAGGCAGAAAAAGACUGAUUGUGAGACCAUGCAGUGCCUUCUGUAACAACAUAGUUGGAAAGUUUAAGAAACACGCUUUUUUCUGCAGCGAUGAAAUAUUUAAUGCAAUUCUAGCUAAAUAGAAAGCAUCUGACAGAUGGUGGUUAGCUUAGCCUAGCACUUAAUGAACAAGAUAUGGCAUGUUUCUGACAACGACUUGCUCUUUUGCUUGCCCUGCAGUCUUUUGCUAAGCUAAGUUAACAAAGCUACUAGGUUCAGCCUAACUCCUCAGGAUAAAGCAAAUGAGUUUAGUUCCACCAAGGCAAAUUAUACCUUUAGACCAAACAUCCUUGCUGUUGCUAAUGCUCCCCUAUGUGCACUUAUGGCUUUUUGUAAAGUAGGUAUAUUGAUCUGGUUUUGCCAAUUUAUGUAUUUAUUUGGAUUGCUCCUUUAAAAAAGUGUGCAUUUGGUGAAAAAGACAUGUUCUUGUAUUAUUUCUGUGCAGUUUCUAUUCAUACAGCUAUCUAUCUAGAGGAUCAACACAGCCCAAGGCAGUGAGGACACAACCUCUAAUCCUGACCUAAGAAAUCCCACAUUGACCC